UUUAUGCUACACAUCAUCCACCUGAGCUUCAUUCCUCUGGUCUUUGGCUACGACUAUCACCCGUACCCAAGCCCCCGGAUCGUCGAGACACGUCAAGGACUACUCCAAGGGACUAUCCGCACCCUCAGGAACCUAGACCCGGUGGAAGUCUACCUUGGCAUCCCCUACGCAGCGGCUCCUGUAGGCACAGGGAGGUUCAUGCCACCAGCGUCACCUCCGUCCUGGAUGGGAACCAGGGUGGCGGAUACCUUUGGUCCAGUUUGUCCUCAAACUUUUCCACCUAGGCCGGACACCACCAUGCCCACAGGACGGUGGGGUUAUAUGGACAGAGUACGCUACAACCUGAGCAACCAGAGCGAAGACUGCUUGUAUCUCAACAUCUACGCGCCUCUCAGAGAAAAUCAUUAUCAAUGGGAGGAGAGACAGCCUAGCAAUUUACCCGUCAUUGUUUUCAUCCAUGGGGAGAGCUUUGAGUGGAACUCCGGUAACCUGUACGAUGGAAGUGUGUUGGCAAGCUACGGCAAGGUGGUGGUUGUGACUAUCAACUUUCGUCUUGGCAUACUUGGUUUCCUGAAGCCGGGAGUGAGUGACCACGUGCCCAGCAACUUUGGCCUGUUUGACCAGGUGGCGGCGCUAGAGUGGGUCAGAGUGAACAUUGCUAAGUUCGGAGGGGAUCCUCGCAGUGUGACUCUCAUGGGACAUGGUACAGGCGCCGCCUGCGUCAGCUAUCUCAUGAUCUCACCUCUGGCACAAGCUGAGGGCAAUCGAGGGGGGUUGUUCAAGCGGGCUAUUCUGAUGAGUGGGACUGCAUUGUCCGACUGGGCACUUACCUCUAACCCAGUCCAGGCCACUAUCCAGGUCGCCCAGGCUCUGAACUGCCCGGAUUCCCAGGAUGCCAUGGCCAGCUGCCUUCGUAGGAAGCGCCUGCACGAGCUCACCUCCGUCACAGUUCAUGUGCCACCCUUCAAGACUAGAUUCGGCCCCGUGGUAGACGGCCAGGUCAUCCCUAAUGACCCCUCUCUCAUCAUGAGCGAGUACAAGAAUCUGUUCCAACAGUACGACCUAAUGGGAGGCCUGACAGAGAUGGAAAGCUAUUAUCUUCUAAACGAUGUAGAACUUGUACAUGGAAUGAUUGAAAACGAGUUCUACGAGAAACUGGAUGAAUAUCUUAAUGCCAAGUUCGAGAAACAGCCGGAAUUGGCUAAAAGUAAGACCAUCUACUACUACCGGACCUGGGAGAAAGCUUCCUCUCUCUCGGCUGCCGAGAGUCACCGCAACACCCUCCUGGAGAUUCUCAGUGAUGCUCGGGUCGCCGCCCCCAUCGUCCGCACCAUGGACCUCCACUCUGACGUCAAUGGCAAGUCGUACUUCUAUGUCUUCAAGCAUCUCACCAAGUACGCUGACCUACAUCCUUGGAUUCAACAGUCAGUGCAGGGCGAGGAGUUGCCAUAUGUGUUUGGAGUUCCUCUAGAACCCAGGAGCUCUCACUUAGACAACAACUACAGCCAACAAGAGAAACUACUGUCUGAGGUGGUCAUGACGCUUUGGACCAACUUUGCUAAGACUGGGAGUCCAAAUGCUCCUAGAAAACACAACUUCCAGACUCAAAGCCAUCGAGAGUGGAGACAGUACGAUUUAGAGUGGCCUGAGUACGAUGCUAUGAACCAGAGAUAUUACAGCAUAGAGAUUCCCCCGUCUAUCAAGCAAUACUACAGACAGCGGCAAAUGGUCUUCUGGAAUCACGACCUUCCCAUUACUCUCAAUAACUCUAACUUCCCCUACCGGCCGACACCUCCCCCGUGGCUGUCUCCUGGAGUUGACCAGCAUGAUAUCCAUCGACCUCCACAAGGCACGGACACAAACCAUCCUCCACCUCCACGGACUAUCUACCACGCGGUCACUGUCAUUCCACCACGAGAGCCACCGGUAGACGACCCUGUUACCUACAAAGGGCCCGACCAACGACCUGACGAUGGUAGCUCCCACCUGAACGCAAUGGCGUCUUCUGUGACUCUUAGUAUCGUUAUAUUUGUCGGAAUAUGCUUUCUCCUUGUAAACAUGUGCGCGUUUAUAGGACUCUACUACCAGAGAGACAGAUUAAAAGUGAGAGAGAGAAUAGUGAACACACGUUACCGGUGUGUGAACGCAGGAAAUGAAGAAGAGGACGCCGGAGACCAUUAUAUGAAAAGUGAUUCGAACGACAGAGCGUCGGAAUCAAGGGAUUUGAAAAAUAUUGAAAUAAAAAGUAUUUUGAAAAGUAGUGAAGGUCUUUAUGAACAAGUGAAACCAGAGAGUCUAAAGACAGCAAGUGUAGGAAAAGGAGGAAGAAGAAUAGCGAUAUCUAGACAAGCCAGCAGUAGCACGGUAACAAUUGAUCCUCAUACGAAAGUGAAAGAAUGGAUUGCUCAAGAAAUUGUGCAAAGAUGUUCACCAAGAUUUCUUAGAAAACCUAAGAAACCAGACUUUAAAUCUGGCAGUUGUGACACCUAUGCUGAUCAGACGGAUCAAAUGUCUAACAAAACUUUAGAUUCUAAUGGUUCCAAACUUGGGAGUCUUAUGGCUCUGCAAAAGAAAAACGUUAAAAAGGUGUCGGUAGCAAUUGAUGCAACUCCAGCAACACGAUCAGCGAGUAUAUUGCAGCAGACGCCAAUUGAGUUGACUAAGUCAAUGGACGAAGGACUGGUUCUCAGCAGCUUAUCACCUGCUCCAGAAAAAGAAAGUAUGAAACCUGCCACGUCAUUGAUCACUAUUUUAAAGAGGCCAUCUCUGCAGCGGUCUGAUGCCUUAAACUCAGACGAGUCUAUCAAUGAAGGAAAAGAACCGUUACGAAGAAGUACAAGUAUAAACUUGCAGCUAUCAACUGCUUCGGAUUUGCCACAAAUCACUCAUUUUCACUCUAAAUCAGACCCGGUGACAAGCUCAUCCAUCCCGAAACUAUUUGACAUUUAUCUUUCACCAGAGAAAGGUCCCUGUGACGUUUUGUACAGUACCGUCCAAAAGAAAAGACCACCUGAUUCUGUGGGCAAACCCAUUAGGGAUAUAAAUGUUACGUCGAGAGACGAUUUACAAUCAACCUCAGAAUUGUCAGCCGAAGAAGCUCUAGAUAACAUCAAGAGGAGAAAUUACCCGAAAGUUUUACCAGACUAUCCAGAUGAGGAAGAUUUUCACUUACAAAAAGCGACCAAGAGGCGGUCAUUACCUUUGAGUGCCCAAAUAUCUCAUGAUCCGGGAGGGACUGAUGAUGGUUCAAGAGAUGCUCAGUUCGCUCUGAAAGUUCCACCACCACCCCCUCCAAGAGUUUCAACACUUGGGAGAAAGCCCUCUAAUACAUCUCCCGUCGCUGCCUUUAACUCUUCACAAAUGACUGUGAAAUUAAAACCUAAUGAAAGUAACGUUCCUCUAGCACUAAGACAUCCUUCGGUUCCACAACUAAGUUCACCCAUACGACCUGCAACUAAUCCAACUACACACUCCCAAAUUAAAAGGGUAGAACCCAGGGUUAUAAUUAAACCAACUAUGAACCCUAUAACGAGUAAAAAGGACGCUAAAGGACCUUCUAAUAUACCUAGAGUAACGCCUCCACAACCAAUGACUUUUGGGUCAAAAGAUACGACGACGAGACCCACAACGUCGACUCCAGCGCCUUCAAAAAUACCUGAAAUGGGAAUGGGAAGGAAAGCUAAAAUAACUCCAGUAAAAAAGACAGUAUCCACAGAAACGACGGAUACAAGCACUAGUGCAUCGAACACAGGGACAAUUAAAAGACUAAAUAAGUAACACGCCGCAUUUACGUAUAUUUGCUUUAGUAAUCCAAUACCUCAUAUGAUUUUGUAAUGUUUUAUGUCAAAUGUCUUUUUUCAAUAAAAUAUAG